AUGCAGGUAUCUAUUGGUACACACAAUCUGGGUGUGGUCGAAGCUUCAGUGGCCGACACUGCGGACUAUGACCUCAUCCUGGGGUUCACUGAGCUACGGAGGCUCAAACCCACCAUACAAUGGGAUACGGGCCAGCUGGAGUUCAAGACUCAGGAGCAGGACCGACCCCCUAGGAGACCCCCUGAAGCAGCAAGAGCAGGGGACCUAACCAUGAGGAGACCAACCCUUCAUGGUAACGAGUUUGUCUCAGCAGAGCGCAUACUACGAGCAGCUCUGGAAGAUGGUCCCAUAGGGUUCAUGCUGUUAGAGGAGCCACCAUCAUCACUCCCGGCCUUUGGUUUUGUACCUACAGGCGCAGACAAAGGAGUCGAGAUGGAGGUGGAGGUAGAUAAGGUGGUGACGGCUGCAGACAUACCAAAGCCAUACCAACACCUGCGAGAUGUGUUUGAUGAGGUGGAAGCAGACAAGCUGCCCCAUCAUACCGAGCAUGAUCUCCACCUCGAGUUGAUAGAAGGAGGUAAGCCACCUCAAGGGCCCCUAUACCUUAAGGGACCCAAGGAGAUGUCCGAGUUGAGGAGAUACUUGGAUGAGAACCUCGAGAAGGGGUUCAUAAGACCAUCGAAGAGCCCGGCACGAUCACCAGUGCUCUUCGUACCAAAGAAGGAUGGAGGUCUCAGACUCUGUGUGGACUACAGAGGUCUCAACGAGAUCACUGUCAAGAACAGGGCACCAUUGCCCCUCAUCGAGGAGCAGCUGUUCUUACUCAGGAAGGCAAGGAUCUAUACCAAGCUAGACCUUAGAGCAGCAUACAACCUCAUCCGGAUUGCUAAAGGAGAUGAAUGGAAGACAGCUUUUGGCACUCAGUUGGGACUCUAUGAGUACCUAGUGAUGCCCUUUGGCCUAGCCAAUGCUCCGGCUCACUUCCAGUCAUUCAUCAAUGACAUCUUCCGAGACAUCAUUGGGAUAUAUGUGGUAGUAUACCUAGAUGACUUCCUGAUCUUCAGUGACACUGAAGAAGCACAUGUGAAGCAUGUCACUGAGGUCCUCACUCGCUUAAGGAGCAACAGGCUCUUUGCUAAGCUGUCAAAGUGUGAGUUCCACACCAAGACAGUCGAGUUCCUGGGGUACAUCAUCAAGCCAACGGGCAUAGAGAUGGACCCAGAAAAGGUGCGCACUGUCAAGGAGUGGCCAAUGCCAGAGUCAAUCCAUGACAUCCAGAGGUUCCUGGGUUUUGCCAACUUCUAUCGAAGGUUCAUAGCCCACUUUGCUCGCAUAGCCAAGCCCUUGACAGCACUGGUAAAGCCUAUAGAACGGUUCAAGAAGCUCGAGCUACCAGAGGAGGCCCAACAGGCCUUCCACAAGCUCAUCCAGGCCUUCACAUCAGCAGGAGUGCUUCAGCACUUCGACUACCACCUUCCAACAAGGUUGGAGACUGAUGCAAGUGACUUUGCUAUAGCAGGAGUGCUCAAGCAGGAGCAUGAAGGACGAUGGCAUCCAGUGGCCUUCUACUCUAGGAAGAUGUCUUCUGCCGAGAAGAACUAUGAGAUCCAUGAUAAGGAGCUCCUAGCUGUGGUCGCCUGCCUCACUCAGUGGCGACACAUGCUAGCUGGACUACCGAACCAACUGGUCAUCCUCACUGACCAUGAAGCCCUCAAGUACUUCAAGUCACAGAGACGCAUCACAGGUCGACAGGCUCGAUGGGCCAUACUACUAGCAGACUUCGACUUCAUAUUGCAGUAUCGACCAGGAGACAAAGGUGGUGAACCCGAUGCUCUCACCAGAAGGACAGACAUGCAACCAGCUGGUGAAGAGCAGGAUCACAAUGUGAGGCAACUACUGCCUCCUCGAGUGUUUAAGGAGACAGCAGACCACGACUCGCUCCUAGUGGCCCCCAUGAUCUCGAUGGAGUCCAUAGCAUCAAAAGGUCUCAAAGACCUGGUCAAGAUCUUCCAGCCUUUAGACCAAGAGCUACAGGAGAUACAUAGGAAGAAGCCUUUCGAACUCAAGGAUGACCUAUGGUACAGUGGAGGAAGGUUGGUUAUCCCCAAGGUGAUCAUGCCAGGGAGGACCAACAACCGACACUCAAGGAGUGCCAAAGAGGUAGAUGGACAGUCUCUCUCUGUAGAGCAUCUGCGGUUCAUGGUGAUGACCCAAUGCCAUGAUGGUAUCACUGCUGGACACGUAGGAAGAGAUGCUACCAUCAAGGCAGCACAACGACAUUACUGGUGGCCAAACAUGACAGCUUGGAUUGCAGACUAUGUAGCAAGUUGUCCUCCACUAGCAACCCCAGACAGGCCCUGGGGCUCCAUAUCCCUCGACUUCAUUGAAGGACUACCACCAUCAAAGAAGUAUGACUCCAAGACCUAUGACUCUAUCCUAGUCAUUGUCGACAGGUUAACCAAGUUUGCCAUAUUAGCUCCAACCCAUAAGACAGUCACAGCCAAACAGACUGCAGUAUUGCUAUAUGGACACAUGGUUAGACUCUUCGGAUAUCCAGAUCACAUGGUCUCGGACCGAGGCAGGCAGUUCAUAUCAGGAGCAUGGAAGGCAUUUGCAGAGCAAAUGGGUGUGAAGCACUCACUUAGCACGGCUUACCAUCCUCAAACUGAUGGUCAGACAGAGAGAGUCAAUCAGGUCAUAGAGCAAUAUCUCAGGAUGUACUGCAACUAUGAGCAGAAUGACUGGGCCAACCUGCUGGACACUGCGGCCUUUGUAUACAACAACACGGUCCACAACAGCAUUGGUGUCUCACCAUUCUUUGCAUGCUAUGGAUGGAACCCCAAAGCUCAUCCUGACAUCCCUCAACGACUAGGAGUCAAUGAUCCAGGUCGCUUCGAGUACCUCAUGGAUGGAAAGGAGCGUUGCAAGUACCUCCAGGAGCAGAUCAGAGAGGCACAACGUAGAUCAGUAAACCAGUAUAACAGGAAGCACAAGGACAUCGAGUUUAAGGUGGGUGAUAUGGUCUAUAUCAACCGACGAAACUGGAAGACAAGGAGACCCACACCCAAGUUAGACACCCGGUUCGCAGGACCCUACCCAGUUCAGGAACGGGUAGGACGCCGAGCUUAUCGAAUCACAUUGCCAGCAAACCUUAGGGUGCAUGAUGUGUUCCAUGUCUCCAUGCUCGAGCCAGCAAGAACAAGUUCUCUUCCUCAACGUGCUGAACAGCCCACCAUACCAUCACUUCCAGAUGAGGACCUCGAUUUCGAAGUCGAAGCACUCAUCGACAAGCGUUCACACAAUGGGACUACGGAGUACAAGGUGUUGUGGAGAGGGUACUCAGAGGAAGCUGCUUCAUGGGAACCAGUAGAGAACCUCAACUGUCCCGACCUCAUCCAGGAGUAUGAGGUGUCGGAGGGGGGACGAGUGAGUAGACAGAGUGGAGAGAGGAGGAGAGAACAGGAGGAGUAA